AUGCAGACGCGUCCGAGCAGUGAACCGCAGCGCGCCAAGGAGCAACUCCUGCGGGAGCUGCCCCCGCAGAAAUGCUCCAGCGCCACGCUGGCCAAGAAGGUGCUGUCGCAGAGCCCGCCGGCAGCACCGCCGCCCACACCGGCCACAAUUGUGCCGCUCACUGCGGUGCCCGUCAUCCAGCUGACGCCUCCGUCGCACUCCGGCGACACGCCGCAAAAGCCAGCACCUCCGGCGCCGCCACCGCCGCCCGAGAAGGCAGUGACUCGCACUCCGGACGGCGGCAACAAGGAGAACCUGCCCGUGAGAUCCGCAUCCAAGCCUUUGGGGGCACCCAGCAACUAUGCGGCACGACGCACCUGGAUCACCACGGAGCGGAUGAAUGAGCUGCGACGCAAGGCCCAGGAGGCGGCCAAGCAGAACAAGAUCUUCACCAUCCGCGGGUGCUUCAAUUCGGUGCGGAACGCACUGCUGGCGCGCGGAUGGGUGGAGAAGCUCGAUGUGCAUCGGAAGGUGGUGCCGGCGGGCCAGAUGACCUACGAGGAUCUCACCCAGCGGCUGCCCAAGCGCAAGGCCGGCGAGACGCGGCGUCAGUACAUCCAGAAGUGCGAGCGGAACAUCAUGUCGCGCUUCCUGGAGCACAUGCCCGUGGACUUUCUGUGGACGAACCGGAAGGAGAAGUGCGACUACAUCGACCAGGCCAAGAAUCCCGGCAUGACGAUCAACAAAUUCCACCGGGCCCCCUUCACCUCCAAGGAGGGCCUGUGCAGCCAGCUGCGCGACUUCCACUGGUUCUUCGAGGAGGGCACGGCCGAGAUGUACUUCCCGCGCUGCUACAACGUCUGGAGUCCCGAGGAGCUGGGCGAGUUCGUCGACAACUUCAAGCUGACGGCCUGCGUGGCCUACCUGCGGGCCGUGCUCUGCCGCUACCACAAACAGGGGCCCGAGGCCGUCUUCUCCGCCGCCGGCAAGAUACCCUACUCCUCGAUAGACUUCGCCUACAAGCGACUGGUGGAGUACCUCGACAGCUGCCAGCACAACGACAUCGACUUCGAGGAUCCGCCCAAGAUCUGGGAGCACGACUGGGACGCCUUCCUCUACCAGCACCAGCAGCUGGUCAACGAGGACGGCCGCAUCCAGCACGAUGGCCAGCGGCUCGAGCACAUGGCCAAGAGCUGUCUCUCGCUGGUGGACAAAAUGAAGGUCCACUGGCCGCAGUACAGUCUCGAUGGCUAUCAGAAUUUGUGGAUCGUCAAGCCGGCCAACAAGUGUCGCGGUCGGGGCAUACUCCUGAUGGACAACCUAAAGAAAAUCCUGGGCGUUGUGAAUCCCUCGAUAGCUUCCAAGAGUCGCUAUGUGGUGCAAAAGUACAUAGAACGACCGCUUAUACUCUUCCAAACAAAGUUCGAUAUACGCCAAUGGUUUCUGAUAACAAACACACAGCCGUUGGUGGUGUGGUUCUACAGAGAGAGCUAUCUGCGCUUCAGCUCGCAGGAGUACUCGCUGAGCAACCACCACGAGUCGGUGCACCUCACCAACUACGCCAUCCAGAAGAAGUACACCAACGGGAAGCGGGACAAGCGGCUGCCCAGCGAGAACAUGUGGGACUGCUACUCCUUCCAGGCGUAUCUGCGACAAAUCGGGAAGUACAACAUGUGGCUGGAGCGGAUAUUUCCGGGCAUGAGGAAAGCCAUUGUAGGCUGCAUGCUGGCCUCGCAGGAGAACAUGGACAGGCGGCCGAACACGUUCGAGUUGUUUGGCGCCGACUUCAUGAUCUGCGAGAACUUCUAUCCGUGGCUCAUCGAGAUCAACUCCAGUCCGGAUCUGGGGGCCACCACGAGCGUCACGGCGCGCAUGUGUCCCCAGUGCCUGGAGGAUGUGGUCAAGGUCGUGAUCGAUCGUCGCACGGACCCCAAGGCGGACAUGGGCAACUUCGAUCUCGCCUACCGGCAGGUGGUGCCUCCAACGCCCGCCUACAUGGGCCUCAAUCUGUUCGUCAAGGGCAAGCAGCUGCUGCACAAGGUGAACCACAGCCACAACCACCACAACUACUACUACCAGCAGCAGCGCAAGGAGCGCUCCCUGGCCACCAGCAGCGUCUACCGCCAGCGGUCGGCCAUCCUGCAUCCCGCGACGAGCAUAUCGCGCAUCCACCGGGCCAUGCCCACCUUCAACGCCACCGAGUACAUGGAAAAGUACAUGGUGGAGCCUCUGAGCAGCAGUCGCAGCAGCCUCAGCAGCAGUCAGCAGGCGACGUCCAUCAGAUCCCCGGCAGCCCUCACAGCAGGACCUCCCCCAUCAUCGUCCGCCUCCGCCUGUCCGUAUCUGCUGAAGCAGGCGGGUCGCUCCAUCACUCAGCUGCUGAGUGCCUCCCACAAGCGCAACACCAUGGGAACGCUGCCCGGAGAGGCCAGCACCAGUACGGCCCUGCCGCCAAAGCGGCAACGCAGCUGUGGGCCGCGUCUCAGCUCCACGAAUCCCGUGGACAGCACCGAGAAGAAGUUCAAGAUCCUCAUCAAGAACUACACAUCCAACGGCAGCGACAGCCAUCUGAUGGAGAAGCCAGAGCCCCCGGAGACGCCUGCUCCGGCCACAGCUCCGGCGAUCAGCGAACGCAAGUGGCGGAGUCUUCGCAACAUCACUGCCACCACCAGCUCCGCCUCCUCCGCCUUCUGCCGGGCCAAGGCUCAGGCCACAGCUGCCGCUGCCGCUACCGCUGCCGCUGCCACAGGCACUGGCACGCCGUUACCUUCGCGUCGCUUCCUGCGCACCAAGUCGGAGAUCGAGAGCACGGCCAGCAUCCAUGCCAUUGGCAGGACCUUCGGCAGAAAGUCCAAUGGUCCCCGCCUGCCGAUCAGCAUCUCGGUGCAGGCCCUGCACCGGGGAGAGCCCAUUGUGGCGGCCCUCAAACAGGCCACCAGCGAACUGCAGUUGUCCCAGGGCCAGGUCCUGAGUCCCCGCACAGCGCUGGCCAACAAACUGAACAACUCCACACUGGCGGUCCCCGCUCCUCCGCUGCCCGUCGGCUGAGAAGUACACCAACACUGCCAUGCAGAGGCGUAGCUAGGUAGCCCCCCGACUAAAGGUCAUGUCAAGUCGAAAUAUAAAUAAACAUAUCGUAAUAGUUUUAAGGUGUAAA